GGGCGCUUUGUCAGACAACUCCCCUUCCUUCAGCCAGGUACUCGAUGAACACAUGAUACUAUACUUUUAUAUAACUUUAACUACGGAAAGCGAAGAUAUGGCUGAAUCGGAUCUAACAAUAAGAACAUUUAUUAUUUAUGCUAUUGGGACACUAAUUGCUUUAAAAGUGAUUAGUGUACUCUGGAGCUUUUGUCAUCGCAGAGUAUUCGCCUGUUAUAUGACCCGUCUUAUCAGCCCGGGCUUGGAAGAAUUGUUAGCGGAGUUCAAACGCGAGAUAUUCGAGGACCUGCCUGAUGUGGAGAAGAGACUAAAAACAGAUGGCCUAACAAUCCUUGAAAUUGGAGUUGGAUCUGGAGUUAAUUUUAAGUUUUAUCCAAAGGGUAGCACUGUCUAUCCAUUAGAUCCAAACCCACAUUUUAACCAGUAUCUAGAAGAGAAUAUAGAAAAAAAUAAGCACGUGAAUGUGAAACCGUUCGUUGAAUGUUAUGGUGAAGACAUGACUGCCCAAGUUGCUGACAAAUCUAUUGAUGUUGUAGUGAGUACAAUGACUUUGUGUUCCGUGCUGGACAUAGCAGCAGUCCUUCGUGAGGUCAGACGUGUCUUAAAAUCUGGUGGCAAAUUCUACUUUAUUGAACACGUUGCUGAUACGAAGGGCACAUGGUUGUCUGUCUUCCAAGCAAUCGCAACUCAAGUUUACAAACGUAUUGCAGACAACUGUCACUGGAACCGCAAAACAUGGCUCUACAUCGACCGAGCAGGAUUUACAAGUGUUCAACACCGAAAACAGAGAAAAGCAAUACAUAUUUUGUUGUAUGGUUCAGCCACUAAGUAAAGCUACUUGUUUAAUUUCAUUUCCAGGGCAGAUCCAGAAAUUUCCAAAAGGGAGGUGUGCGAUCAAGAGACAACACUAACCUGGGGGGGGGGGGUUCAGGGGUACACCCCCACAGACAUUUUUGUUUUUUGAUGCCCGUAAAUAACCUCUGAGGCCAGUGUCGUAGUGAGCAGGUGACAUGGCCCCAGAACAAGAUAAUUAUCAGGCCUAAAAGGCACCUGAUUUUUGACCCAGAGACAGAGUCUUGGUGUGAUCUACUUAGGCGAAACUCUUAAUGCUCAUAUAUUCUGAGAUUUUUAAAAACAGAUCACAGCAUUUUAUUGCGUGUAAAUAUCUAUAAAAUAUUUGAAAAAAUAUUCAAGGAUAUUGAGAACAAAAUUUAGUCAUAUUUUAUAGUUUAGGGCUUUUAGAGAAUUUCAUGAGUCUGAUAUUUAUGUAUAAUAUUGACAGCAAUAAAACAAUCAUUGGCCUGAUUGCAGUAAAGUACUGCAAAUCUAAAAUGUAUUCAUGAAGUACGUAUUGACCCGACAUGAUUAAAAAAAAACUUGCAUGAUGUAGUAGAACCAACUUCAAAAUUUAAAAACAAAAAAUGUGGGUGCUGAUUUUUCAAUAGCUUUAGAUAUGCUUUCAAAGUAUUUUAGUGCAUCGUACUGUGUACGAAACAUACAUAGACCUAAGUAUGGUACCUGAAUGGAAGAAAAUAACCUUGAUUUUAUUUAGUGAAUAUGAAGUAGUUCUUUUUAGCUUUUUGUUUUUUUUAAAUUUUUUGUUUGUUUUUUUAUUUUUUAAAUUUAUUUUUUUGUUUUUUUAGUCCUCCUACUAGCAGUGUUUAGUGAUAUGUAAUAGAUAAGUUGUAAUUGACUCUGCCCACAAUACUUAUCAACUUAUAAUAAAAUAAGUUGUAAUGAAUAUAUCUAUAAUUAUGGCCUCUAAAACCUAAUGUUAUUAUUGAGGGGUUCUUUUAAAAUUUUAGUUGAAAUGUUUAUUAUUAUAAGUUAUAUGCUUAAAUCUACAAGCAUAUUGAACAGUUCCCACCCCGCACCCCCCCCUCCAUAGCUCCGGGCCCCAAUGCUUUGAACUGGCUGCACUGCCCAUACGUACGCCACUCUCUGCCCCCACCACCCCAAAGGAACUCCUUGCUGCUUUCAAUUAGUGAUUCGUCUAAUUUGCUUUUAUUUAAGAAAAAUUUUGAGCAUUUCUUCUAUAAUUUUAAAUGCGCUAUUAUAAAUCUUCAGUUUGAUGUGGCUAUUCUGUAGGUUGUAUGUGAAGAGAUACAAUAUGAAUAUCAGUAGAGUUAGUAAAUUUUUUUUUUACACUUGUUUUGAUGUGGCUCUGUUCUAAUACUUAAGAAUAUACUUCAGGCAAUAAAUCAACUUUAUAUUUCAAAAAAUUAGCAAUAAAUACAGUACUACUUUUUACAAUCUGUUCAGCCAAAAAGUGCCAAAAUGGCUAAAUUUCCCCUUUCUUUAGCAGUAAAUAUUCCAUUAUUUUAUCAUUUUAUAUAUAUAUAUAUCUAUAUAUAUGUAUAUGUAUAUAUACAUAUAUAUAUAUAUGAUGAUGAGGCCUGGAAGGCCGAAACGGAUCCGUCUGCAGAUAUUGG